AUGUAUUUUAAUGAAUAAACUAAACCCAAUGGAUAUUCUUCCAAUCAUUUGGCCUUAAAAAUAAUCUGCAAGACAAUAGGAAAUAUAAAGAGUUGCUUAAGAACUCACGCAAUUAAAAGAAGAUUAGUCCAAUCUGACAAAAUCCAUUAAUUUUUCAUCUAAUAUUUAGCGUCUCAUGCUCCGUAUUUAGAUGUUGUUGUAUUUUUUCAAAACUUAGUUGAUAUUAAACAUCCUAUAUUAGAUUUGCUUAAUUAUUUAAACACAUUCUCUGAGAAUAAGCUAAUACAGGUAGUGAGAAAAGUUAAUUUAAAUGAACUAAAUUCAGGUUGUGACGAAACAGAUUUUACAUAUAGCGAUCCGUAUGAAGAGAAGAAAUAACAAAUUUAAUAUUAAAAAAUGAUGAAACGAGUGAGUUUUCUUAAAUUAUAAAAACUAAUAAGUGAUAUUUAUAGGCUGGAAAUGUUAACUAAAAUAUAUUUAUGA